AUGAGUAUCGGAAAAGCGGCACAAAUUCCCUCGCUGAAAAACCUCAUGGGAAUUCACUGCUACACCUCGGCAAGAUUGCCCUGGCGUAUUUGGAGGAGCAAUUGGGACCUUACUUUGUUAUACAAUACAGCAGCUGUUGUGAGCGCAAGUUUAACUCAGACAAAGUUUUUACCCAAAAGCUCAGAAGACACGCAUUUUCUCUCUUGUAUCAAAACUUCUAAACGCAUAGCAUGUGCGUUUUCCGCCACUCGCAGUGAACAACUUACGACAGGAUCAAUCCUCUAUAGCGACGCGUUCGGGUUGAAAAAAGUUGUUGCGAAUUUCGCAAAGAGACGGGAUGUCACGGCUUCCACCGGUUAUAAGCUAGCACGGAGCAUAAUGUUUGUGUAA